GCUUCAUAGAUGUGUUGGGGUAUCUUCAGGGGCAAGGGGUCAAAAGUCGGUUUUUAGAAAACAAAAGUUUGAAAGAGGGUCAGUAUUUGUGUUCAUCAACCGGUAUAACCGCCCCAUCAUUGACGUCACACACCGGUUUCCGGUGACCCAGUUCCAUCAAUCAAAUAAAAAAAUCCGUGACACCUUAUAAGUUAGCCACGCAUUCUUCCGCCCAAGCAUUGUUUCGUGUCCUUUUCUGGCAUAGGCAUAGGCUAUCAUAGAGCUGGUAUUCCGGUACGCGGUAUCUACAAGCUUGUUUGUCGUUUUGUGGGCAUUUUGCAUAUCUUCCUGACAACAUAAUCCACAAGAGACAAAAGAGAAAUGCCACACGUCUUAACUUUCAGUCAGGGACACGGUUUCAUAACUACUGUAUACAAGGUAGAGCCAGUACAUUUACUGAUGAUCACCCUUUUAAGUAUGAUUCGUUUUCGUUCAGUCAGCAUUUGUUUCAGUCAGUUUCCAUUACUUUACAUAAAUACUUCUAACAACAUCAAAAUACUACUCUAGGUAUCGGAUAGUAAAUACGUUGAAAAAGAAUUCCGAAAAAAAAUCCUGUUGUUUAAUGGUUCCGUCCAUAAGCCUGAGGUAUUUUACCGUCUGAUUUCUUGGCGGCUGUGGUUCUGUCCCUCUCUGGUUACUUUGGAGUUCCGAUUUGGACAUGUCUGCGUCUGAUUACAUUCCUCUUGGUAUGUUUUCGUGUCGAUGUUGCUGAUUUCAUUCUCAUUUGAUGUCUACAAACGCAAAGGAAUGGAAUCUUUCCCGAAACUUGAAGAUCAAAAGUAGAGCAAGAGAAGAAGAUCGGACAACAUGACAGACACCUGUGCCGACACUGAAUCUUCUACGAGGGCCCAGAGCGACAUUGUGUUCGAGAUUAUGGAUACUUGUGGGAUCUGUCGCGAAAAACUCUGCAUUUACAAGACUCUCUCGUGUCAACAUCGCUUCUGUGUUACGUGUCUUGAGAAAUGUGUCAGAAAGGGAAAAGACAACUUCGCCUGCCCACUGUGCUUUCAGACGACUACAUUACCAGAUGGGGGUGUGGAGGGUCUACCCUCCUAUUUCUUCAUCCAUCUGGAAAGAGAAUCCUGUAGAAAAGACCAAAAGAAUCGUUUUUCUUCGAGCAAAUUGAGGUGGGACGAAUCGUACUUCUCUUGUGACCAUUUGUCCGGGAACGACGUCAGGGGCAGUCGGACCGAGGACAACAGCGCUGUCGAGCGGAGAAGAUCAGAACUGCACCAAAUGUUGACAGACUUGUCUGGGAGCCAUGGCUCCAGGCGAGAGCGAGGACUACUGUGUGCCCCUUGUCAGAAACUUGUUGACGGAUUCAACAUGGGCAAGCAGGCAAUCGUAGGAAGUGUAAAGGAACAAGCAGUGAAAGUCAGAAAGACUAUACAAUCAACAAAAGACUCAAAGCAGAUGCCUGAAGAUAUCAAAAUCAUUUUGUUGGGGGACAGUGGAAGCGGCAAGACCUAUCUCCUCAACAAGUACGCUGACCGAUCGGACGAUGACCCCGGGCCGACGUUGGGCAUCGACUUCAAGACGAAAGACUUGACAGUGGACGACAAAGAAGUAAAACUACAGUUCUGGGACACCUCCGGAGACGCGAGAUUUCGAUCCAUGAUCUCGCGAUACUUCAGCCAGGCCGACGCCGUGGUUCUCGUGUACGAUACGUCACAUCCGGAAUCCGUCAACAGCCUCAAAGCGUGGCGGGAAAUCUUCUUCAAACAUCAGAGUCAAGCAUUAGCUGUAUUCAUUCAUAUAAAAAACGCCCAGUCGAAGGAAGAUUUAUCUUUCUUAAGCAAGACGAUUACCAGGCUUAAGAUGGGUGCCCAUGAGUCUUCCAGGACGGUCAGAUUAUUUGUCGACAAAAUCGUCGGAGCCGCCGAACGAGCUGGACAAAGGGUGAAAAUAUUCGUGAAGAAGGGCGUGACGAGACGAGAUGAGGGGGAUGGUGAUGAAAAAGCGAGUGACGGCGAUGUCGAGAAUCGUGCUGACGUGACCUUCAUGGUUAUCGGGAACAGAAGGUCUACAGACGACUCUGAGGUGCAGGGGAGUGACGUAGGGGCGUGGUGCCGUGAUAACAACAUCCGGUAUCACAUGAUCAGCUCCCAGCAUGCAACAGAGUUGGACAUGGCCUUUCGUGGUCUGGUCAGGGACGUCUUGGCCAAAUAGAUAAGGAUUCUAGUACAUGUAUCUUUGAAUGCCUAAAAGGGUGGAUAUACCAUUCAGCAGAAGGGACAGGGGUGGUUUUCUUUAUUUACCUGCUCUAAUACCGGAAACAUCGACCGAAGUGAAAUGGCAAUAAAGAUUAGUAUUCUUUCUACAACUA